GCAUUGCUAAAAACUUCAUUUGGACAACUUUAAAGGCAGUUUUUUUCCAAAUUUAGAUUUUUGGCACCCUCAGAUUCCAUAUUUUUUAAUUGUUGUAACCCUCUUGUACUUGCAUGUAGUGUAAAACACUAUACUAAGUCAAGUGCCUGAGGUCAUCAUUAUGAUGACUUGUACGAGGUUAGGUCAUUCUGCGUGACUUAACCCAGUAAUUUCCCAGUUGCAUGCGAUGCCAGUCUAAUGACAUAGGAAUAACACCGACAUCAGAGGAUGCUCGAGCACGUGCGUUCUUCAUCAUCACGGUCUGAAAUAUUAGCGCGCGCGCUCUUUCCAAACAAACUCAGUUUCAGAACUAUCCAAACACAGACGACGGAACGCUCACUCGCUGGCGCUGCCUGGAAAAAAUCCAAAGUCUUGUUGAGUUCCCGCCCAGAGUUUUGUGGAAAGGAGCGUAAUUUGGAGUUUAGGAUCACAACUCGCAGGUGAAUUAUUUUCAUUAAUAAUCUGACAACACUUUCAGUCAAGUCCCAAAACUUGGACAUAGGCUAGUUAGAAAGCAAACCGUUUCAAAUCGGGAAAAGUGCUUCAAGGAUAAACAGUUCCACACGUUUGGUCGUUGAGUAGCCUGUUGGAAGGUUUUCAUCUCCUAAAACCUAUAAAGUUUUAUUUAUUAACCAAAUAAACCAAGAUGUAGGUGCAUCUCUCGAGAUAUAUAACCGGAAUCAUAAUGUGUGAAGUGCUGGAGUCCUUUCCCAACUUUCUCAUCGGAAGGUCCUCGUAGACGCCAUCUGCUGUUCGAAAGUGCUUGUGGAGAUUGUGUGGAAAAUGGAUGACAAGUUUGAACCUGGAAUGAAUGUUAUUAUAGUUAACCAUUACAACCACUCGGGCAAGUGGGGAAAACCAAAAAGCACCAAUACAUACGGGACAGUCUUCAUCAUUUGCAUCUGCGCUCUGAUCGUGUUAGAGAACAUCACUGUACUACUGGCACUAUGGCGCAACAAGCGCUUCCACAGCCGCAUGUACUUUCUGAUCGGCAAUCUGGCACUUUCGGACUUGUUAGCUGGAGUGGCGUACGUAGUUAACAUCUUCACCUCUGGCAGCAAUACGUUUUUCCUCAGUACUGGUCAGUGGCUGCUGCGAGAGGGGAGCAUGUUUGUGGCGCUCAGCGCUUCCACCUUCAGCUUGCUCGCUAUUGGGAUCGAGCGCCACAUGACGAUGGUUCGUCUACGGCCAUGUGAGACCGCAGGUAGAGGGAGGUUGCUAGCUCUCCUGGGAGCCUGCUGGGCUGUUUCGGUCCUGCUGAGCGCCUUGCCUAGUCUCGGCUGGAACUGUUUGGGCCGAAUCCACACUUGCUCCACUGUCCUACCACUGUACGACAAAAGCUACAUAGCUUUCUGCAUCAGCGUCUUCUCUGCCCUACUAGCGGCAAUCGUGGUGCUAUACGUGCGCAUCUACCUGCUAGUGACGUCCAGCGGGCGUAGAGUGAGUUCCCGGCCAUCGGAUCGCUCACUCGUACUUCUGCGCACGGUGGUGAUAGUACUGGGAGUUUUUGUGGCUUGUUGGGCUCCACUUUUCUUGAUGUUGCUGCUGGAUGUGGGAUGCAGUCCAGAGCGGUGCCCAGUUCUCUAUGAAGUGGACUGGUUCAUCGCUCUGGCCGUGCUCAACUCCGCCCUCAACCCGCUCAUCUACACACUUUCCAGUCGUGAGAUGCGGGCCGCCUUCAUCCGCGUGUUAUGCUGCUGUUGCUGUCCAACACAGCUGGACUCUAUACCCACGGUGGCAGGGGCGGCACUCCCGGGAACAGUCAUCCCCACAGCGGAGAACAGCAAAUCAAGCAUGGCCGGGGCAUCAAGUGCUGCAGCGAAGUCCUCCAUGAUGCGAGGUAAAGUUCCAACCCCGUCAAACUCCCACCAUCAGCAUGGGGACACGUCGCCACCGGCUGUCACGCACUCCUCAGGGCCUGGUGACCUACUGUCCGCGGUGCUGGUUAAAGCUGGGGCGCUUCCUUCUUUGGGGAAGUUUUGAAAAAGAUACUAUGGGAGUCAGCUCAAACGAGCGUUGGAUUUUGAUAUUUCCCAAGAUGUCUGGCGACGGUUCCUUGCAAUGAUACCGUUCUUCAGCUCUCUGGGGAUUACAAAACUUGGGAUUUGCUUUCACACAAAAGGCAUCCAUUGACAAUGAGAUUUUAAAGAGCAACAGACUCAAAGAGAGACUGAACAAACACUGACCAAAGGAUACACAAACUGAUUCUACUUCUACAUGUAUUCAUAUUUAUGAAACUGAGCAUGUGCUGUGAGCACAUAACAUAGAGCCACUACAGAAUGCUAUCCCUCGAAAAUCUUAGGUGUGCAAUCUUUUCUAUUUUAUUUUAAUCAAAGUAAUUUGCAUGAAGGAAAACAUCUUAACAGUAUUAUACGCAUUAUUAUAGCACUCUGUGUGUAUGACUGACCUUUAACAUUUUCCCACAGUUUAUUACCAGACAAAAACAUUUUGAAUAGUUUGCUGCUCUUAUCUAUUACACAAGCUAGCUGUUACCAAAGCUGAGUGUUUUAAAAAAAGACUGUGGAUGUUUAUGGUUAAUAUUCUGUGGAUCGGUUUACAUGGCAGAAUGUAAGAUGAGGUUGGUGCAUUGUGAAUGUGUUGAAAUUUUGAUUGUUCUGUUCAAUAGUACUUGUUAACUGACAUAAAACUGCCAUAACAUUUAAAGUGUGACUAUAAUAUGUUAGUGUGAAGAAGAACAGGCAUCUUAUUUUGAGGUUGCCUUGUCGGAGCAGCUUU